UCCACUUGGCCUGUUAUGCGAUUCUUGAUUUCUCUUUCAACAGGCUUAAUUUGUCUCUUUUUGGAUGCUUAGAUUAGUUUAUCUCUUUGUAAGGUGUUUAUUUGAGUUAACAGACGGAUUUUUAGUGCAAUUUGCUUAGUUUUCCCGGUUUGUGUGGGUGAGCUCGUAUGAAUUCUGGCUUUUCUCUCAGUUUUGUCUUUAGAAUUGGCUUCUGUGAUGGUAUUAGUUUUUAGUGUUGCCUUAAUUGUUGAUGCACAAGUGUGGGAUCUGUUGUAUGUUUAACACUCGUCAAGGUGACACAUGUAGAAUUUGAUAUGUGAACCCAUAACUCUUUUUGCUACAUUGUUAAAGUUUUUCUAUGUGUGAAGUUGGCGACGGCACGGUAUAAUAAGAAGAAAAACCAGCUUGAAUCCUGUUUUUUUGAAUGUUUAUAGUUUUGUGUGGGAGAUGAAAUCUCCAGCAGUCUCCAAUCUUCUUGUGAAAAUGACCUCAAGACUAGUUCAAUUUGGUGGAUGCAGAUAAAGAACUUAUAGAACUCAGUAGCUUCUGUGCUCCGUGAUUUCUGUCUUUUUUGGAUAUUUCUGCUAUUUGUGUUUCAGCGAAUGACAGGGACAAGGAACAACGGGCCUUGAUACAUUCAUAUCCUCUCCCAGCAUGCUUCCUGCUGCAAUAUAAGAACAAAAAGGAGAAAGAAAUACUUUUGCUUGUUAUUUAUUUAUUAGUUAUUUUGUUGGUUGGAGAACUGAAGCAAUGACUUUAUAGGAGUCAAAGGUUUUAUGCUGACUGGAGAUACAUUGGUAAGGUAGAGUUCAUGCAUUGAGUAAAUGGCAAUAUGCAUUAGUUCCCUCACUUUGGAGGACACUGAAGGAAUUUUUAGUUUCUGUCGGCGACAUAGCCUUUAUCUCCUCACACAUCAUCAGAUAUGGAAUUAAUUAGGGCUUCAUGGACAAGAAUAUAGAGCUUUUGUUUUCUUUUAUCCUUUUGUUCUCCUUUUAUUUUUAUUUUUUGGAUGACAUUAUGAGAGCCUGACAUUUAUGUCACCUGCCUGCAGUGUCCUGUUGGCAAGUUAUGCAGCUGCACUACUGAGGAAGAUGUCUUUCUUUUCAGAUUUUUUUCGUCACUCUCUUGCGCAUCAUGUAAUUACUGGCUUAUUCACAUUGUUGUUAUUGGACAAACAGGUUAUGGCACAUCCAGAACCUCCAACUGCGAUGAAUUUGUAUCAACCAAACAGUGCCACAAGAAAGCCUCGCAUUCUGCUUGCUGCCAGUGGAAGUGUGGCCGCAAUAAAAUUUGCUAAUCUUUGCCAUUGUUUUUCCGAGUGGGCUGAAGUGAAAGCAGUGGCUACCAAGGCAUCACUCCAUUUCAUUGACAGAGUAUCAUUUCCCAAGGAUGUAACUGUUUAUACUGACGAGGAUGAAUGGUCCAUGUGGAAAAAAAUAGGCGAUAAUGUGCUACACAUUGAGCUAAGAAGAUGGGCCGAUAUUAUGGUCAUUGCACCUUUGUCAGCAAACACACUAGGGAAGAUUGCGGGAGGUUUGUGUGAUAACCUGCUGACCUGCAUCGUCCGGGCAUGGGACUAUAGUAAACCGAUGUUUGUGGCACCAGCCAUGAAUACAUUCAUGUGGAACAACCCUUUCACGGAACGCCAUCUCAUGGUGAUUGAUGAUCUUGGGAUUUCGCUUAUCCCACCAGUGACAAAGAGGCUAGCCUGUGGAGAUUAUGGAAACGGUGCAAUGGCGGAGCCUUCUUUGAUAUAUUCAACAGUACGAAUUUUCUAUGAGAAUAGAGAACAAUCAAAUGGUGGCAAUGUUUAGCCAUGAUCUAUUUCAGAAGUUUUUUCUAUAAAUGGAAACUAGUGUAUCUCAAGUUUCUCACCUUGUAGGAAUGACGAAUAGCAUCUUUAUCAGAAAAAUCUGUGUUAGUGUCAAAGCUGCAACCUGAAAUUUGCAAGUGAUUCUGUUUAUCUUA